AUGGUCGUCCAAAUCUCCUAUCGCAAAUCCCUUCGCUGGAUACCCGGCGAACCCUCAGAACCAACCUCCACUCUUGUUCUCGAUGUCGGUGAUUUUUUCGUCGACCUACGCAUCCUCAAAGCCAAUUCCAGCAUCGAUUGGGCCAUGGCCGGAAAACGCACAGUCCUUUCCUCCUCACCUCUAAAAUGCCAAUGGACAAAGGAAGUCUGUUCCCAAAACACCGAAUCCCACGAUGACAUUGGCGAGUUCGAGGAUAUGGCUAAUGGCGAUGCGUUGGAGAAAGGCAGUAUGCCAAACCCAGACAACAAUGAUGAAGUCCAGGCAUAUGAGGAAGUGUGGGGAAAUCUUGACGUACCUUCUUCAAACCAACCGGCGUGGAUUCUGAGAAGUAAAGAUGGGAAUGGGAUCACGUACGUUGGCAAAGUUGGGGAUUGGUUUCAGGUGUUGAGGAAGAGGGAGGAUGGAACAUUUUCUGUGUUGAGGNNGGAGGAGAAAGUGGAAGGACAGUGGAUCGAAAGGUAUGCGGUCGACGAGGAGUUGCCGUCGAUGGCGGGUUCAGGAGAGGAGGCAUUCAAUCCUGAAGGCUGGCAACAAGGCAAAGAUGUUCAAGUUGAAGGAGUGACAUACACAGUUUAUGCUCUUGAGAAAGUAUGA